AUGGAUGCGAGAUUGGAGGUAGCUGCCAAAGCAGGAGAUAUUGAGGCCUUGUAUUCAUUGCUUAAGGAGGAUUCGUAUCUUUUGGAGCGUAUCGACGCGGUACCUUUUAUUGAUACUCCUUUACAUAUAGCUGCAUCUGCAGGGCAUGUCUAUUUCGCUUUGGAGAUCAUGAGGUUAAAGCCAUCAUACGCUGCUACGAAGCUAAAUCAAGACGGUUUUAGUCCCAUUCAUCUGGCUUUGCAAAAUGGGAAGAGCCAGAUGGUUCUUAGGCUUGUAGAAAUGAAUAGAGGCCUUGUCCAGGUCCAAGGAAGAGAAGGUAAAACUCGUUUACAUUUUUCAGUUGAGUAUGACAUGGUUGAUGUCCUAGCUAAAUUUUUGUCAGUUUGCCCAAAAGCUAUUCAAAUUUUGACAAUUCGUAAAGAAACUGCUCUGCAUAUUGCUGUGAAGAAUGACAACCUGGAAGCCGUCAAACUACUUCUGGGCUGGCUUGACCAUGUUGAUAAGGAUGUUGUAUUGAAGUUGGCUGAUGAUGAAGGGAACACCGUAUUACACAUGGCAACAUCCAAGAAUCAAAUUGAGAUGGUGAGACUCUUCAUCAAUGGAGCUGAUGUAAACGCCAAGAAUUUGGUAGGUUUGACAGCUCUUGAUGUCUUAGAAAAUCAAAAGCAACUUGCCAAUGAGAAGCUUCAACGCAUGCUCCUUCGUGGCGGGGCACUGAAAGGGUCAUCACUUCCUUCUAUCCCUACCAAUAAAGAUGCCAUGAAGACGAAGAUGUCGUGGCACGAAAAGUUCUUAAUAUCUGAUUUCCGGAAAAAGUUGUACAUGUCAAAUGACGAACGCAACACUAUGCUAGUUGUUGCUGUUUUGUUUGCAACGGCCAACUACCAAGCUAUUCUUAACAACCCUUACAUGUAUGAAGAUCUUAGCUUCAUGUUGUUCUCUUUUGUUAACCACGUAGCUUUUCUUGCUUCAAUGUUUGAGAUUUAUCUCUACCUUCCCAAAGGUCGUAUGGUUCUUCAAUUGGUUGUGCUCAUGGUUGUCUGUUUUGCUCUGCUCAUGUCAACAUGGAAGUUUCUGAUGAUCGAAAUGGCUUUCUUGAUCCUUGUCUACUACCCGAAGUUGCUGGUUCACUACCUCAAAUGGUUGAGUAAAAGCAAGCAGUUGCAGUUGUUGGAUUUGCCAUGGAAUAACUUGGUUGGAACAAUUCCAGCCCGGUUAGGACAUUUCGAUUCCCUCUUUUACUUGGACAUAUCGAACAACUCGUUGAAUGGGGCGAUCCCGGAAAGCAUAACUGGAUUAAAAGGUCUCAUUGAUAGGGACAUCUCGUUGGAGGAACCUUUCCCGGAUUUCCCAUUUUUCAUGCAAAGGAAUGUUACCAUAAGAGGGUUGCAGUAUAAUCGAAACCUUGUGCUUAUUCGCAAUCUGAAAAAGCUUCUUUGGACCUAA